GUAUUUGUUGUCGGUUAGGCUCACUGAAUAGCUGCUUGGUGGGAAACAUUUAUGGAAACAACCAACCAAGAGAUUCACAGAAGCAGGCCACUUCUGCUGCUUGUGCAACAUCUGGGUUUGCUCAUUUUCUCACUCUUCAAAUUUUAACAAGUUUUUUUGGUCUUUAGGGAUUCUGAUUGGAUGCCCUUGCCUACUCUUCCCAAGUGGAUGUUGAGUUAUUGGUUUUGAGGAGUUCAAAGAGUGAAUUCAAGCUUCUUUUGGAGGAAUGAUUCUUUCAGCUCUCUUAACUUCUGUUGGGAUCAAUCUUUGCCUUUGUUUUUUGUUUUUUGUUCUGUAUUCUAUACUGAGGAAGCAGCCAGGUAACAUCACUGUCUAUGCACCACGCUUGGUUGCUGAAGGAGAAACGCAACAGAGAGGUCAAUUCCACUUGGAAAGUUUAUUACCAACUGCUGGUUGGGUCAAAAGGGCAUGGCAGCCCUCCGAAGAAGAACUCUUGUCGGACGUGGGCCUGGAUGCUGUGGUCUUUAUGCGUAUUUUUACCUUCAGUUUGAAAGUUUUUACUGUUGGUGGGAUUGUUGGGAUCUUUGUUCUUCUUCCAGUUAAUUAUUUGGGAGAUCAACUGAGUCAUGAUAUUUCUGAUUUGGCAAGCAAGUCUUUGGACUCAUUCAGUAUUUCAAAUGUUACCGAUGGCUCAAACUGGUUAUGGAUUCACUUUUGUGCUGCAUAUCUCUUCACAGGAGUUGUCUGCUAUCUUCUUUAUUACGAGUACAGAUAUAUUUCAGCAAAAAGAAUUGCUUACUUUUACUCUUCCAAACCUCAGCCUCAUCAGUUUACAAUAUUAGUACGUGGUGUCCCUGUCCCGUCUGGGAGUACUUGCAGUGAAACUGUUGAGAGCUUCUUUACAGAGAAUCACCCUUCUACCUAUCUUUCGCUUUCAGUGGUUCAUCGAAGUAGCAAACUUCAGGGUCUUAUUAGUGAUGCAGAGAAGCUCUACAGAAGGAUUGCCCACUUGAAACUGAAGAAUCAUACUCCACAAGAGUUCAAGCGUGAUGGCUUUUUGGGACUUUUUGGACGCAAAGUUGAUGUUUUAGAUUAUUACGAAAAGAAGUUGGAAGAUUUGCAAGAUAAUUUGAGAUUAGAACAAUCUUCAUUAGCAGGGAAGGAAGUUCCUGCUGCCUUUGUGUCAUUCAAGUCACGGCUUGGUGCUGCAGUAGCAUUACACAUCCAACAAGGAGUCAAACCUACAGAGUGGCUCACUGAGCGAGCUCCUGAACCUCAAGAUGUUCACUGGCCUUUCUUCUCUGCUUCUUACACAAAAAGUUGGAUCUGCAAGCUGGUGGUGUUUAUUGCAUGUGUUUCUCUUACAAUUCUAUUUCUUAUUCCAGUUGUAUUAGUUCAAGGUCUUACUAAUCUUGAUCAAUUGGAGACCUGGUUCCCUUUUCUGGAAAGCAUACUAGAUCUAACCGUUGUCAGUCAAGUGAUAACAGGAUAUCUUCCAAGUCUCAUUCUUCAGAUGUUCCUGUCUUUUGUGCCACCCAUCAUGAUAAUGUUUUCCUCCAUCCAAGGAUAUAUCUCUCACAGUCGAAUAGAAAAAAGUGCAUGUAUCAAAGUAUUGUGGUUUACUAUAUGGAACAUUUUCUUUGCAAAUGUACUAUCAGGAUCAGCUCUCUACCAGGUCAAUAUCUUCCUUGAGCCCAAAGAGAUUCCCAGCGUACUAGCUGAAGCUGUUCCGGGACAGGCAUCAUUCUUCAUUGCCUAUGUUGUGACAUCUGGAUGGACGAGUCUAUCAUCAUCAGAACUCUUUCGAUUGACUCCCCUUUUGCGCAGUUACUUCAAAAGAGUAUUUACUGGAAAAGCUGGUGAUGAAUUUGAGGUUCCAUCAAUUCCUUACCACAGUGUAAUUCCCAAGAUUCUCUUCUUUGGACUUCUUGGUGUAACAUACUUCUUCCUUGCUCCUCUAAUUCUGCCAUUUCUCUUGGUUUACUAUUGUAUGGGAUACAUCAUCUACCGCAACCAGCUAUUGAACGUGUUUGCACCCAAGUAUGAAACUGGUGGAAAGCUUUGGCCUAUAGUGCACUAUUCAACAAUAUUUUCUUUGGUACUGAUGCAUGUUAUUGCUAUUGGUAUAUUUGGGCUUAAGAAGGUUCCUUUAGCUGCCAGUUUAAUUGUUCCUCUUCCAGUUCUCACACUUCUUUUCAAUGAGUACUGCCAGAACCGGUUUUUACCCAUAUUCAAAGCCUAUCCUCAAGAGUGUUUGGUAAAGAAAGAUAGAGAGGACCUGAAUGAACCUUCCAUUGCCGAAUUUUAUAAAGAAUUAGUCACUGCAUAUAAAGGUCCAACCCUGAUGCCAAUCCAAUACCCCGGAAGCUCUGAUGGGCGCAACUCUCCUCUUCUUCUUCAUGCUGCUCAAGUCUGAGUGUUUUGUCUGCUUUUAUUGAGUUUGCGAUCAUUGUUUGUAGAUUAUGUCAUCUUGUGCAUUAUAUUUUCUGUGAGGAGACCGUUGCUUUGGUUGUAGGCAUUCUCAUUACAUUAAUUUUGUCAGCCGAAUAAGUUAACUGUCAUAGUUAGUUGAAGUUAGUUAAACUGUCAGCAAGUUGAACAUCAGUUAAUUAAAACAGAGUGCAACAGCAGAUGAGCAGUCAGAAUUGGUUUUAAAUUUUGUUACUUCAUUUAUGUAUUACAUUUUUGUAAAUUUUGUUGCAAAUAUGGCGUAAAUGGGCAUUCUCAUUGCAUUUUCUUGGCUGCUU